AUGAAUAAAUUAUCUAUAUUAGUUUUUAUCAUCACAGUAAUCACAUAUGUUCAUGCCGUCGCUGUAGAUGUUAAUAAAUUAUAUACUCGCGACUCAGGCGAUCCGAUAAUUGCUACGGUAGAAAGUGAAAAGGUAUUCUGUUCCUUUCUUCCACGAGGACCUGGCAUAGAGAUUGGUGCAAGUGAAAGUGACGCUAUUGCAUUCUGUUCCGUACCAACCGUCAAUGCUCCUAAUGCGGCUGUAUUUCCAAAGGACCUCAUCCGAACAAUGUAUUUUGCACAACGUGAUGAUUACGUUCAAAUCACUGGAACCAUUAAUUCAAAUGUGUACGUGGUCUCAACUGACCCUGGCGGCCAAUAUGAUCCCUUUGCUCCUCAGGGUGCAUCCUGUCAUGGAUAUGAUACUUUUGUGAACCUUGUCGAGCCUAACGUCGAUGGCUCUGGCAUUGGUCAUUUCUGCAUUCGUUGUUGCAAUGGUCCUGAUGCCAAAGAUAACUGUCCUCGUGGCAGAAGUGAAGAUG